GUCUGCUAAUUCUAUUUGGUUUUCAUAACUAUUGUUCUUGCUCCAAUUCCAAACUAUUGUUCUCGUUAUUCUACUCUUACUCAUAUAGUACGGAAGAAAAUAUUAUCGAUUCUUCAGAAAGAAAGAAAUCACAUAAAUUAGCAAACAGAAUAUAAUGGCCGAUGAACAGUUUUCCCAGUUGGCCAAUUUUGAAUGCAGCAUCAAGAAGAAUCUGGUGAUCAUCAGUGAGAAGGCCGAAAGUGAAAGCGAAAGCGAUGAAGAUGAAAGCUUUGACAAGGUGCAACCUGAGCAUGUUGAUCCUGUUCAGAAAAUUGUUCAUGGAUUUAAGCACUUUCUCUCCAAUAAAUUUCACAAGUACCCAUGCUUGUUUAAUGAACUUGCCGCAACCCAACAUCCUAAGUUUUUAGUAUUUGCAUGCUCGGAUUCUCGAGUGAGUCCUUCCCAUAUCUUAAAUUUUCAACCCGGAGAAGCUUUCAUGGCCCGCAAUAUUGGCAACUUGAUUCCAACUUUUGACCAAUUGAAAUACUCAAACGUCGGAGCAAUUAUUGAAUAUGCGGUAGAGGAGCUUAAGGUAGAGAAUAUUUUGGUGAUUGGACAUAGUCGUUGUGGUGGCGUAAAAAGGCUUAUGUCUUAUCCUGAAGAUGGUUCAGCUCCCUUUGACUUCAUUGAUGAUUGGGUCAACAUUGCUCAAGCUGCCAAGGAUAAAGUCAAGGCUGAACACAAAAAUUUGACAUUUGAAGAACAAUGUGAAAUAUGUGCUGAGGAAGCAGUGAAUGUGUCUCUAAAGAAUCUACAUUCUUAUCCAUUUGUUCAAAGAGGAGUUGAAGAGAAAAAGAUAGCACUUAGGGGUGGAUACUAUGAUUUUGUGAAUGGAUCUUUCAAGCUAUGGGAACUUGAGUAGAGUACUUUAUUUUAAAACCUUAAAUGUAUAACAGUGAAAUGUUCUCUACUUGUGUUUUCAUAUUGCGUGUGCUUAAUUAAUUAUUAUUUGUAGUAUGUUAUGUAAUUGGUUAAAGAUCAUCAUGUGUUCUUUAUUUAUUAUACGACAUUUAAUAAAGAAUUAUUAAAACGUGUUUUAAUUGA